ACUGCUGCCGCAAAUGUAAAAUAAUGAAAUUUCAAUGUUUUGUGACAAUGCUUAAAUCUUCCUUUUUCGUCCCAAUGUGAUCUAUAUUUUGCAUUUGAUUUUGAUCAAUUGUUAUUGAUUAUGUUUCUUUCUUGAGGAGAAAAUUGAAUGUAUGAAUCCAUGACUAGCGGACUGUUAUGGGUUUGUGUUGACAUAAACUUUGAUGCUACACUUUCUGAAUCCGAUAAUGUUAAGUCUCUACUGGAAUCGUGUGCCGAAAAAGUUCUUACUGAUGUCUGCCUGCUUAAAGAUCACACAAAGACAUUGCCUAGGCCAGUAUAUCAAGCAUUACUUGAAAAGGCCUUGGAAAAAAGAAGAGUACUCUCGAUUGGUGAGUUGAUAAGAUUUUAUCCUGAGAAAAAGUUUGUUUUGCCUUUACCAUUGCCUAUAAAGAGCCACGAUUUAUUUAUAAGACCAACAAAAGAAGUAUGCGACUCCUUAGUGAAUUUGAAGGACAAUGCUUUGGUUGCUUUGUCAUCUUAUUUUAAAAUAAUAAAAAAGGAAACCAUCAACACCAAUCUACACAUUCUUGAUUUAAAUAUACUCCCAAUGCAUUUGAAUGCUGUUCGAAGAGUUUGUUCUUUCCUUUUAAAUGAUCUCAAGGGACACAAAGUUUCUUCAACAUAUACUAUUAGAAUGGGGUGCAUUAUUGAUGGCUAUGAAGAACUAAUGACUUUGAUUAAAGCUAAAGAAGCCGCAACUGAGACUAAUGUCAAUUUUGUUAUUCCCAGUUUGUUGCUUUCCUAUGAACGCUUUUUUGAAGAUUCCCUGAUCUCUCUUUUUGAAAAAAUGAGGGAAGAUGAAUUAUGUCACUUUUCAUUACACUUUGCUUCAGUUCAUCCUUCUCUGACUAGGACUUGUUUAAUGUUGAAAAAAUUUCAGAAUGUGAGAUCUCUCAGCUUAUCUUAUGUGCCUAUACAGUUAGCAGAGGAACCUGGUUCUCUACAUGCCUUAGCUGAGACACUCAAUAGUUUACCUAACCUGCAAAGAAUCCGUUUGAAUGGAAACAAUCUUUCAUCAUGUAUGCAUAUCUUGUUUAAGAACUUCUGCAGAAAUGAUUUUACUUAUGCUAAAAGUGAGGAACGUGUUUCUGACUGUUGCAUUGUUCAUCGAGGGAAACUGCAAUUACUUGAUGUGUCUUCCUGUGAACUUACAAGUGACGACCUCUCAUUCUUGACUGAGCUCCCAUUAUCGACUACGCUGAAAAGUUUGGAUUUAAGUUACAACAGACUCAAUCUAUCAUGGUUAUCUGAAUGUAUGAAGGCUAUGAGCAAUAACUUAGUAGUACUGCAAGUCGAAAAGUCAAUUCCAAAAUUGUCUUUGCUGGAUGAGAACUUUCCGAAACUUAGUGCAAUGAAGAAUAUCAAAUAUCUGAAUAUCAGAGGACUAGAAGCAGAAGAAUUGGUUUUGGCUAACUUCAUUUCUGACGAGUUAAGAAAGAUGCCUGAUUUACAAGGCAUUGCAUUGUCAAGACCUAUAGGUAUUGUUGACUGUGAGCAUCUGGAGUAUCUUAUUAAUCUUGAACGAACUGUAAAAUUUUUGUGGGCAUAAAAAUAAAUUUUUAUAUUUAUAAACUGCCAGAAAUUUUAAUGAAAAUGUUGAACAUUUUCAAUUUAAUUCUUGCUUAUUUUGUAAAUCACUUUUUUUGAUUAAAAUAUUUC